GCUUAACCUUACAAACAAAAGACACGUAGAGUGUUUAUUGAGGCUAUAAACAUAAAUACACAACCACAAAAAGCAAUAAGGUUAUUUUUUGUUAAAUAUUAUUGUUACUUUAGAAGAUAGAAUUUAAAAAAAAAAUGGACGAAGAUUCACGUACAAUUUGGUGUGGAAAUUUGAGUAACAAAUGCACUGAAGAUUUAUUAUACGAAUUAUUUAUACAAGCAGGACCUCUGGAAAAGGUAAACAUCCCAAAAGACCGCGAUGGUAGCCAAAAAUCAUUUGGCUUUGUAACAUUUAAGCACAUGGUCUCGGUACCUUACGCUCUAAAUUUAUUCGAAGGGACAACGCUGUUCAACCGCGCUCUGAUGCUAAAGAACCGCCAGGUGAACGACCCGAAGGGUGUCAUGAACAAGUUCAACAAUGACAACGUCCUGCAGUUUGGAAACCAGCCGCUGGAGAAUUCAAUGGCGUACAACAUAGCCCGAAACAUGCUUCCUAUGUUCACGCCUCCCGGGAUGGGCAUGUACCCUAGCCAAAUGAACAAUUUUCCCUCGAAAGACGACAAUCGACGUGGCCGUAGUCACCCUUACAACCGCGACAGAGAACGCGAGCGUGAUCGAGACAGACAGGACCGCUCGCAUCGCAACCAGCACCACAAAAAUGAUCACAGAAAUCAACGACAUUACCACAAUCGCUCUCGCAAUACUCGUUAAUUUUCUAGUAAUUAAUUCUUUAAAAAUUUAUUUUUUAUUU